AUUUUCCUGGCCCCUGCUGCAACUGCGGGUUAGUUCUCCCUCUGUCCCUGCACUGUAUUUUAAGGAAACCAACAGCCCCUUGGUCUCCUCAGUAUGGCUGCUGGUCCCUUUUUAAUUCCAGUCACUCUUACCAGGGAAAUACCUGGUUACUACAAGGAUGAGAACCAGAGACUCUGGAUAGUUGCAACCCUGUUAUUUAAAACGGACCAUCUAGCUGAUGACAUGCACCGAGUCUCUGUCACUGUCAGGUUGUGUCAGGUGGGCGAAUGCUGCGCAGAAUUCCUGUCCCAAUUCUCCUCAAGUUUGGCGUGUCUCCCCAGUGUGUGGCAGAAAGAUUCUGAUUUUUCAUACACUGACAAAGACUCAAGGUUCUGGAUAAAAACCGCCCAUUACAGGACUGAAGGCACACUACACCUGACCUUAAGGAUGCAAACCCCACUUGGUGAUGAGAGCUCGUAAGGCCUCUCUGCCCCACGCACCCUCAGUGAAGAUUUUAUGCAUCUGAUUCUCUGUUCCACAUGUUUCCAGUUAACAGUCCCGCCUGCUCGACUCAGCCCUGAACUUCACAUGGUCUGCUUCUGUGAGCCUGGCUGUCUGUGUCCUGAGCCUUCUCCCUUCCUGGGUACAGCUAUGACUUUCUUGCCCCUUUUUGCCUCUGAUGCUGACCUCACAGAUCAUCCUUCUCAAGUCCUCUCAUCACUUUGAACCACUCCUCUGGCCUCCCAGUACAGCAUGACCCUCGGGUGACUCUGAUCUGGAGGCGCCUGUGGAGCAGGUAUGGAUGGGGACUCCAUGCCAUGUGGAUCUCUGAGCUACCAAUGCUGGCUGGAAGUUGACCUGGUGCUGGGCAGAGGACUCUGUGCUCCGUGCUUGAAGGCACAAUGGGAUGUGCACAGAGAGCAUCUGGUCACUUCUCCCACGUGCUCAGGACUUGGCUCCCAGAAGUGAUGCUGACCCUAAUCCCACCCCAAACUUGUUUUUAACUAAUUAAACUUACUGCUUGUACUUAAA